AUGAGCUCCGCCGUGCGGGUCAACGUCAUGUUCUACUGCGUCUUCCGGUUGCGAAACCAACUGGAGCUGGAUGCCUUGGUGGAGGAGCUGAGCGCCAUGCUCCCGAAAGAAACCCUCUACGCCAUGUACGAGGAGGCCACCAGGGAGCCCUACAGCUUUUGGUUCGUUAACCUCCGCGCUCCCAAGGAAGACAUGUUUUGGGUGCGCUUCGACCGGAAGUUCUUGCUAAAUGGGGACGCUCCUGGCAUCUACGACCCCAGCCACUGGCCGCCGCCAGAGAGGCCCCGGCAAACCUCCGACGGGUCCAACGCCAGCGAGUUCUCGGCGCGGCCGACCCGGUUUUUCAGGCGCCGUUCUAAAAAGGGCAUGACGAGUAUCUACGUGGACUCGCGCCUCCGCGCGGAGGGCACGAACAGCAGCUUCUCCUUCGACAUCGGUGAGAGUGUGCACAUUCAAUCCGGCGCCAAACUUGCGGUGUACAAGGUCCGUGUUGCCGACGCCUUCCUGAGCACGGACCGCGGGACGUUCUUGUACUGGGAGGACACGGUGGCCGGCACCCUGCACUACGCGGAGCUCCCGGUGGGGGCGUACACAGGGCCGCGAUUGGCUGCGUGGAUCAGCAGCAACUUCGCUUCCGCCAGCUACACCGCCGAGACCAAUGAGCUCGACGUGACCUACGACGGCGUGCGCCUCAUCCUCAACGAUGCCGAGCUCCGGCAACGCUUCCCAGGCACGGCCCCCUACCCGCCGGGCGCCUCGCCCAGCAAAGCCCUGUCCAUCAACCACCUCCUUGGCCCCAGCUACCUCACAGGCUCUGUGCAGCGCUUCGUCUUUGUGACGAUGAAUCCGUUCUCAGAACUGUACCUCAGGUGCCCAACACUGGCCAACGGGGAGACGACAGUGGGCCCGUUGGGGCACGACAUCCUCUGCAAAAUAGUCGUUUCGAAAGGUGUGGGCCACGUCAUGGAGACCGAGACGUCAGAGGGGCACUGGGUUCAGCUGCACGGGCCCAUAACUCUGCGUCACUUGCGCUUCAAGCUCACCGACUACCAGGGCAACAUCGUGAACACCAGAGGCACCAGCAUUUCCUUUGUGGUUUUUCUGGACACCGAACGAUAA